AUGAGGGCCUUUAGAGGCCCCACGGCCCUACUGGCCGCAGCGUUGCUUACAUGUUGGGCGGCUUGGAAUUUGAUUGGUCCACCCCGAAGCAUACAUGGCACUGCUGAAUGGCGUCCUAGCCAGCAUUCAGAGUUCUGGGAACGGCCUUGGCAGCAACAUAGGCGGAGCCAGCUGAGUCAGAAAUAUGAAAAUGCGUCCUUGGAUGACAGUCGGCAGCGAGACGCUCUGCUUGCGCUUUUCAAUGCGACGCAAGGCUCAGCCUGGAGAGUGGCGAACAUCUCCGCAACGGGGACUGUGUCUUGGGGAACCGAAGGCGUAUCAUAUUGCAGGUGGUACGGGGUGAUAUGCUGUGAUAGUUCCCCGCUGUUCCUGGUGAGCUGUGCGGGGGAACGCAGCGUCGCAAUCCUCAGCCUGGACAGCUUCGGCCUGGCAGGCACGCUACCGGGCGCCCUAGGGGACCUAUCAGAGCUCACAGUGCUGGCUCUCGGCGACAAUCCGGGUCUGGUGGGACGGCUCCCGCAGUCGCUGGCGCAGCUGCCGCACCUGCUGUGGAUGUCUGUGGAGGACACUGGUCUAGUCGCGUGCGAGGAAGCCGAGUCCGUCGGGGGAGAUGGCGGCAGCGGGGGCGGGGGCGGUGGAGGCGACCUCCCGGCGCCGGUGUCAGGUCCCUGCAGUCUGCCCUCUGGUCUCGUGUACAGCGAGCCGUACAGUCCGUACGGCGCCAGCGCUCUAACCUGCCCACUGGCAAUCCUGUCCUCGUUCCUGUCUUACACAUCCACCUUGUCGCCGGAUGUAUGGGGCAUCGUCACGUCACCCUUUCCGCCACCGCCGAUGCCAGGUGCCGUCAUUGCCGGACCCAACUUCACACGCUUUCACAAUUGCACCUGUCGCGGCUACCCCUCUGGCUCCCAGUUGCUGGUGUCGGACAGCGGACCCACCGCGGGCGCUCAGUGUACGGCACCCGCAGGCUCAUCACGCCGCGACACAGGCCUGGUGAUUGGGAUUGUUAUUGCGUGUGUUCUCCCGUGGCUGCUGGUAGCCGGCGGCGUCUACGUGUGCGUCGUCCACAAGGCCACUCUGAAUCGACUGGCCCGCCGAAAGGAGGCGGAAAUGGCGCGCAAGCGCUCCAAAGUACCGGGCACCCCGGGCGUCGCGCUGCAAAACGGCCGCGGCCUGCUGUCUCUCUCCGACGUGAUGGAUUCAUUUACGAUUUCUUUCCACGACGCCGUGGAUGCCGUCAUGUUCUGUCUCAAGGCUCAGGAGAAGCUCAUGUGUGUGGACUGGCCCAAGGAGCUGUCGGAGCACCCGCGGACCAGCGCCGUGUCGGUGGGGGACGUCACCCCCCACCCCGAGGCGGGGGGGAAGGGGCCCGUGCUCAUAGCGGGCCUCCGGGUCCGCAUGGGCAUAAACACGGGCGUACCUGAUGACAUCUUCUUGCACGACCUGACCGAUCACGUGGACUACCGGGGCCUAGAGUACGACAUGGCGGGGGAGAUUUGCGACCUGGCGGAGGGCGGUCAGGUACUGAUGGGCCCUCGGACGCUACAGAGGUGGAAUAAAGUCAAUUACUCGGCCCUCAAUGACCAGGAGUUUCUGCGGGACCAGCAAGGGGGGGGUUCGUUCGUACAGCCCGUACCCGUACCCGUCGGCAGCCAGCUGCCGCCGCCGCCGCCGCCGCCACUGCUGCUGCACGGCCCCUCAGGUCGUCGCGGCUCGGUGACGGGGCUCGGCGGAGGCGUGCUGGGACUACUGGGCCGGGAGAGCCAGCAGCAGGUGCAGUCGUACCACGGAAGUACGUUUGGCGGCGCCGCCGGCAGCAGCGGGUACGGCGCUCCGCUGAACACCGUAGCUACGUUACGGCGAAAUAGCGAUUCUCAGCCGCAGCCGCAGCUGUCGCCACCGCCUCAGCACAGCAGCGGCGUUGAGCCGUCGGGGCAGCCGAGUGGGGAUGAGGACCGUCCAGAGGAUGGUAAUUACUCCCCGGCUUAUGCCGGCCCCGGCGAAGCUGUAGCGGCAGCAGCAGCAGCGGCAGCAGCAGCCGGAGGCGCCGCCGCUGCCCGCGGCGGCCUCCCUGCCGUCCGGUCUGUUCGCAUCAUGAGGAAUCACUCCGCCAGCCCUUCUCGGCCGCUCCGAAGUGCACCCCUAGCGCGAAUGGGUGAUGGCCAGAGCGGCGACGCCGCGGCGGCGUCAGCGACUGCGACGACGGCGGCCAGCGGCGGCGGCGGCGGUUCCGCUGGGAAUUUUGGAGGCAGCUCCCUGGGGGCACAGUUGUCGGCCCGCAGGACAUUGGGCAGCCCGCGGGCGCUGCAUGAGAAUAACAUGUCGUAUAACGCAGGUACGGCACGAGGGCGACAGGCCGCUGGCGGCGCAGGCGCGGCGUCUGGUGGCGAUGAAUCUGACGGCAGGAUGGAGGCUUGUCGUGCAAGCAGUACGGGAGGAGGACUCCUACGUCAACAUGCCGUGCGCGCGGCAGAGAUGGCGGCGGCGGCGGAGCGUGCGGCAGUGGCCGCCGCCACGGCCACAGUCACCACUGGACGCUUCAGCCAAGGCCGGGGACAACUGGAGCUCGGCUCGGACGACGAGCGAGGCUCCCCGUUGCACUCGCCGUACAGAGAAGCGUCGGCACAGCUACCGCUGCAGCUGCGUCUCUCCACCACGCGCGCGAGCGCGGGCAGCGCCGGCGGCGAUGGCAGCGGCGGCGGCGGCAGCGGCGGCGGCGGCCCGGGCAGCCGUCGCGGUGAUGAUCCUGAACACGUUGGCAGUUCCGGCGCCAGCGCCCCCUUGCCGAUGAUGGCUGGACUGCAGCGAGUGCUAUCACUCGGGUGGCGCGGCUUGAACGUCCCACUGACCCUUGGGCCGCGGGUCCACAUGUGGCCCCUGCUGGGUACGGAAACGUCCGUGUCGGGUUUUGGGAGCCCGGGUCCACCCGCCGCUACCGCCGGGGCAUUGCAUGCUGCGGUCAGCAAUGGCGUCGGCGGCGGCCGCAGCAGCGCCGCCGGCGCAGGCCUUACGGGUCGGGUUAUUUGGUCCCGUUUAAACGGGGGGCUAGCUGUACACAGCCCGGCGGCAGCAACGGCAUCGCCGUUGUCCGGGCUGCAGCAAAUGUUCACGCAUCACCAGUACCAGCAGAUUCUGCGCGGUCAAGGAACCGUAGCGACGGGCAUUAGCAUCGGCGAUGGUCCGACGCCGCUGCCUGUCGUACCGCACGACGACGACGAUAACAACAGGGGGGCUGGUGGACCCGGCGGCGGCGUUGGCACCCUUAAUCGCGUCGGCUCCUUGCCCGCCGCCGCCACUGCGGCUGCAGCAAGUAACGCCCGCGUGGCGGUGCUACAGCGUCGCGCCGCCGCCUCGGAGGCUCACUCCCGGGAGAGCUCCCUUCGCCGCCAAACCCACACUCCAUCGAGUCCGGGGCCCAGCGGUCUGGCCAGCUUGUUCACCCUCCGAAAGCUUUCCCGCGAAAGCAGCCGCGAAGGCCUGUCUAUAUCCGCCCGCGCUGACUCCGGGGGAGUCAGCAACGAGCAGCAGCAGCAGCAGCAGCAACAGCACCAUCCGUCGGUGGCGGCGGCGACGCCACAGCAACAAUCUCCUGCACGCGGGUUGCCGACCCCAGCGGCGCCAGGCGAGGUUGGCACCGCCACCGCCGGCGGCGGUGGCGGUGGCGGCGGCGGCGGCGGGCGGCAGGGAAGCCGAAAGUCGACGCCGCUGCCGCCGGCGGCACCUCAACAGCCGCUGUUGUUCCGAACGCUUUCCGGGCAGCGUUCGGGUUCCCUGGAGCAGCUCAGGCCGUCGGGUUCCAGUCGGAGGACUCUGACGGGCGUCGCCAUGCCAGGGCCUCCGAGAUUGUCCAUGACUAAUGACGCCUUGCUCCAUCCACUGCUGCUGAACCCCAUGCAGCCCGGAGCGCUGGCGGCGUUACGCAUGCCGCUGAUGCUGCGCCACCCUCAACAAUUGGCGCCCGGGUCACGGCAACAAGUGCCAAGUCCUCUUGGGUUUUCCACGUGCGGCGGCGGCGGCGGCGGGAGCAGGAGCGGGAGCGGGAGCGGCGGCAAUGGGACGGCGCCGGGCUCGGCCGUGACAGCUCCGGAACCCCCGUCUGGGACCGGCGACUCGAUGAGCAGCACCCACAGGAAUGCCAUCACACGCGGCCUGAUGAUGGGCUCCGUGUACAGGAGGCCACCGGAUGCUACGCAGCGCGCCAGAAGCUUGGAUGGCGGCGGCGCCGCCGCCGCCGCGCCUGCUGCCGGCAGCGGCGGCGGCGGCAGCGGCGGCGCUCCGUCCGCGGGCUUCCGCGGCGAUAGCGGGCGCCUCCUCCAUGCACCUAGCAACCUCCACAACCAACCUAACAGCCCAGCGUUCAACCAACAGAGCGCGCCUGGUGGGUACUUUGGACAGGAGAGCUGCUCUCCCCCGGGGGAAGCGGAUGGCGGCGGAGCCGCCGCUGCCGCUGCCGCCGCCGCCGCCAGCAGCAGCGGCUGCGGCUGUAGCUCCUGCAGGUGCUGGCAGCUUCCGCUGCGGCUGCAGCAACUGUGGCUGCAGCUCGCGCGCGCCUUUCGCCACGUCCUCCGCCGCUGCCUCAUCUGUGUACGACUCCUCACCAGCAGCGAGGACGACCCCGUGGAUGCGGACGUGUGGGGUCGCAUUGACGACACUGUGCUCGGCGGCGGCGGCGCCGGCGGCGGCUCCAAGCCCCAAGAGACGAAAGGCGUCUUGGUCGACAUGGGCUACUACCACUUCACAACCCUGGACUACAGCGCUGCCGCUGGCGGCGGCGGCGGCGGCAGUAGCAGCCAUUACGUGCACCUGAUGCAGAUCAUUCCAUCGAGCGUGGCGGCGAGGGUGCUGAUGUUUCCCUGGCCUCUGGCGUUGCCGCUCAUGGGGGGCGACUUGCUGGCGACACGGCCCGUGGUGACGGUGGCUUUCUCGUCUAUUGAGGGCUUCAAGGAGCUGUCGGCGGUGAGUGUGGAUGCGGGUCGUGAUGUGCUGCAGCUGCACAAUGCGGCAGUGCGGGAGACGCUGUCCACCUGCUCUGGGUACGAGUGCAAGGAAUGCAACGGCAGCUUUAUGACCACCUUCGCGUCGCCCACGAGCGCAGUGGAGUGGGCCCUGACCCUGCAGCUGGCCCUGGUGGCCAUGCCUUGGCCCGAGGACCUGCUCGCCUGCGAGGCGGCUGCGGUGGUGCUGAAUCCGGACAACGGCGGGGUGCUCUUCCGGGGAUUGCGCUGUCGAGUUGCCAUUUACGCUGGUCCUAUUGACCGGGUACUUCCAGACGCCAAGACGGGGAGGGCCGACUACUUCGGACCGACGGUGAACCGCACCUCCCGACUGAUGGCGGCGGCAGUGGGGGGCCAGGUGGUGCUGGACCAAAAUCUUCUGGAAGAGGUGCUUGAGGAGUGGCGACUUCGGCAGGAGGUUCCCCGCCUUGCGACCAUCCCUUCUGUGGAGGAGGGCUCCGUCGCGGACGAGGGCAGUCUUAGAGGUCCCGCAGAGAUGCGCUUGGCAAGAUCCUUCGUAUCUGCCAAGUCCACCAGUCGCCGCCUCCGUCACACGAGCUCUGUGGCGGCCAGCUCCAACCCCUCCAUCAGCGCCCUUCCGGAGCUGUCCAUGCAACACCUGGCUGUACGAACCGGAACAGGAGCAGCAGCCGGCGUCACCGCUGGAGGCUCCGCUGGCGGCGGCGGUGACGGCGCCGCCACCAAGGCCAUCUCUGCUACCUUCCCCGCUGCCGCCGCUGCGACGGCGAACGACGUAGCCGCCGGAACCGAAACCAACGUUGCGAUAGCCGGGUACGACGCCGUAGCCGCCGGAGGCGGCGGCACCGGAGGUAGCGGCGGCGCCGGAUCCUCCCCGGGAAUCGCCGGCGAGGCCGUGCCGCCAAAUCCUUUCAGCAGCCCAGGCAGUCACAUCCUCAGUCGAAUCAGAUGCAGCGGCGCGUUUAAGGACGCCACCAACAGCACCACUGCCUCCAACACCGUUAACCCCUUGCUCAUCUCCACGCAGUACCCAAUGAGCAGGGCUAACAGCGCCAAUCUUGUGACAGCGCCAGGGGCUGGCGGCGGCGGCGGCGGCGGCGCCGCCGCCCUGACCGCUGGAGCCUUUAACAGCCAUGGUUUCGGUGCCAUUGGCGGCAGCCUGGGCCCCGCAACAGCAUCCUCUAGUACCCUCAGCCUGGCGCGCUCCCUGGAGCGAUUGUUAGUGGACCCCAAGGUGCAUCGCAGCGCCCGCAGUGAGCCGCGUAUUCCCCGGGUUAGCCGGUUAGGUCUCACCGGGCUGACGGCCGUCAUGCUGUCUGGCGGCGGAGGCAGAGGCGGCGGCGGCGGCGGUGACAGGCGCGCUGUGGACGCCAGCUCCGGCGUCAGCGUCAGCGUCAGCGUCAGUCCCCGCCAGGGCGGCGGCAGCGGUGGCGGCGGCGGCGCUUGUCUGCAUCCGGCGCCGGUGGCGCCUACGUUCUCCUCACCGUCGAUUAUGUUGAGUUCGGGGGGUGCCUUGGCGCCUUGGCUUCCUGAGACUGUCAGCCUGCCGGCGCCUGCUCAUCGAGUUCGCAGCAGCUCCUUCCGGAACCCAUCUGCCGCUGGUACGGCUGCCAGCGGCGGCGGUGGCAGCGGCGGCGGCGGCGGCGGCGGACCGUGGCGUGUGGCGGGCAGUCCGCGCAGCCCACUCGGGGCGAUUUUCGGCAUGGGCGGCGCCCGUCAUGUAGCUCGGAGCUCGCCCUCAGCAAGCGUCAGUACGAAUGCGUUGCGCUUCGGCAGUGUGAGUGUCUGGCAAAGCGCCGUCGGCGGCUCGGCCGCUGCUGCCGCCGGCGGAAGCAGCGGCUGCGGCGGUUCCGCCGCCGCCGUGGCUCCUGGAGCUUCAACCCCCUCCUGGAUACAUUCCGCCUUACAUACCCGCACGAGCCCAGGGGCCAGUCAGCAUGGCUCUAUGGCCGGCGGCAACAGCACUGGCGGCGGCGGCGGCGAUCUAUCAGCGUAUGGCCUGGCGGCGGCGGGAUUGGAGUUGCAGCCGGCAGGAUGGGACCCGGCGGCGCGCCAGGCCGCAGCGUUGCGUGUACGGCGGCGACGGCGGGCGUCCGUGGGUGAAAUUGUAGAGAGCAUGCUGCAGCUCGCGGCGCGUGGGCCUGUGGGGCCGUCGCCGUCGCCGUCGUCGCGCGGCCUGCUGGCUGCUGGUGGCAGCUCCCGCGGCGGCGGCGGCGGCGGCAGCAUGCUGGACACCUCUCUGGGGGGUAGCUCCCGUGGCGGCGGCGGAGGCGGCCAGACGCCGGGAUGGCACACCCCCGGGAGGUCCAUCUCCAUCCACAUCAGCCCCACCAGCUUUGCCAGGCGAGCAAGGCUGCUGCCUGGAUCGCCGCACAGCACAUGCAGCGGCGGCAGCUGCAGCGGCGGCGUCGGCGGCGUGGCUGGCGGCAGCGGCGGCGGCAUCAGCUCCAACGGCGCUGCGCCCCAAGGGCCGUACUUCGCCGGUGCCACUGGCAUGCAUCUGGACUCGCUGGACUCGCCAUCCAUCAGUACGGCAAUUGCCAGCCCGCGAUCCGUGACGAGUAGUAAGGCGCUUGCCGUACGGCGAAUGGGUUCAAGCCCGCUGGGCCUUGCGGUGGCGUCGCACGUCUCACCGACGCUGGACGGUUCCGGAGCUGCUGUACUGCAGCUACCAGGCUUUGACGCCUCGGCAACGGUGCUGCAGCGCCGAAGCCACAGCGGCGGCGGCGGUGGUGGCGGCGGCGGCGGCAGCGGGCGAGUCCCUCUGGGCUGGGCCGCCGUUGGCUUGGCGGCGACGGUAACGGGGGGCCCCCCGCAGCAGCAGGCCUUGGGCAGCCGCCAGCAGCUCCGAUACCUCUCCCUCCAGCAGCGCUUGUGCACAGCGGCCGUAGGGCCCUCCGAGCCCCGACACCAGCGGCUCCUAACCACCAACGCCAACACCACACCAAGGAACCUCAACCAUCACCAUCCCCCCCACCACGCCCAGGCCCUCCAACACCCGCAGAACGCGCGCCAGCACCAGCACCAGCACCAGCUGCACUUGAGCGGCACUAGCUCUCUGCCGAUGCACAACUCCGAAUCGCAAGUGCAAGGAGGAGGAAGCGGGUCCAUGCAGGGGCUGCAGACGCCUAGUGGCAGUCCGGAUUACCUGCCGCCGGGGACGGCGCCCGCGUCCUCGCCGAGAAGCAUGUACGAUGCGUCAUCACCACGCUACGCGCGGCACGCGCCUGCGACAAGGCAUAACCUUCCGACACCGCCGCCGCCGCCGCCGCAGUUGGAGGUGCCGUACCGGGUAAGCUUGGAUCAUCCUCGUGGUCUGGCAGCUGUGGGGUCGGUGAGCUGGGGUCGCAGGUCUGCCAACGCCGCACCGCCCCGAAGCCAUGGCGGAGGUGGCAGUUUGCUGGCGUCCGUGGCGGAGGCGCCGACGCCGUCGCCGGGCUCAAUGCUGGACCUGGAUUCUGGAAUGUUACGUUGCGUCAACGUCGCACAGGAUUCGUUCAACGCGGCGGCGGCGGCGGCGGCGAUACCGUUGCCGUUGGCCAACCAAUCGCCUGAGUGGCGGCAGCAAGAGGGUGGCCUGAUAUCGCUCUCGUACAACAACAGCGGCGGCACCGGCGGCGGCGAUGCCUCGAUGGCGGGCGUUGCAAAUGAGUGGAGGGUGCAGCAUGACCCUCUCGUCGUCGUCGGCGACAGCGACGGCGACGGCGGCGGUGGCGGCGGCGACGGCGGCAUUGCCGUUGGCUGCCCGUCAGCUAGUCCCGCGGGUGCAGCCGUCAGCGCAGAGCCUUUUUCCAGCCAAAACAGGUCACAGGGGGCAGUAGCGCUGCAUGGCGAUGGCGCUGCCGCUGCUACAACCGCCGACGUCACGACAGCCGUUGCCGGCAGCAGCACCAGCCAAGUACCCUCCGCACCUCUUGCUCAUUUGCUGGGCCCCGUGGGACCUGAUGAAGACGGCGGCGGCGGUGCCGGUGGCGGUGGCGGUGGCGGUGGCGGCAGCAGUGGAGUUGAUGGCGAUGCUGCUACUGCUGCUGCUGUUGGUUGUGCCGUGGCGACGGCGGCGGCGGCAGUGGACGUUACUCCUGGCGGCGGCAGCCUGGGGGUAACAUGGGCCAUGGCCGCGGCCAGCAGCGGAUCGGCUGCCCCGUUACCUCAGGCAGAAAUGGCAUCCAUAGAGGAUCCUAAAUCGAGUGAAGGGAGUUUUAUUGGGGCGGCUUCAUCCGCAGCCGCUGGCGCUGCUGCUGCUGCUGCUGCUGAUAUUGCUGCCGGGGGCGGCGGCCCCUGCACCGUCGGCCGUACACCAUCCUCUCGUACAUCCCUGACGUCACGUACAUCAGCACCCUCUUCUCCGUCCUCUCAAGCUCUCCCUUUGAUUGCCGUACUGCCCCGCCGCCAGACCUAUUCAGAACGCACCUCACCGCCGCCAGGGCCGCCGCUCCAUCCGUUGCUGCAGUCGCCGUCCUUGUCCACCGGCAGCUCGUCCUUCGCAAGGCGCAUGUACGACAGGGCUAGCUCUACCGGCGCUUCGAGCGCGUUUGUGGAAUCGGAGGCGAUAAUGCCCAGCUUUGCGACGAACCUGCAACGGCCCAUGGGGGCGAGUCCUAUUGGCGGCGGCGGCGGCGGCGGCGGCGGCGGCGACGCCGAUGGCGGCGCCAAUAGCCACGCCAUGCCUGUUGAGCUGGACUUGAUUAGCCUGCCGCAAUCUCUGCUGGCGAGGAGCAACAGCGGCAGGUCAAGCUCAGGGCCUGCCAUGCUCAGCCGUGGCUUCGCCACCCUGCACGGCAAUCCUAUUUACAUGUCGUACCGCUCCAUGACGGGGGAGCUGCCGAUAGCGGAAGACGACCAGGAAGGUCGGGAGGAUGAGGACGCGCCGUCGGAAGCGGAGGCGGCGGAGGCAGCGGAACUCAUCGCGACAAACGACACGUCACGCACCGCCGCCGGCUUCAGGCUGCCGCUACCGCCGCCGCCGUCGCCACCACUACCGCCGCCACUCAAGCAGCCAUUUCAUCAAGCCCCCGGGCCCCUGCUACAGCCAGCGCCGCCACCGCCGCCACAGCAGCAGCAACAGCAGCAACAGCAGUCUGGGCCGCCCAUGCGCAGUAGCGGCGCCGGCGGAGAUGUCAGUGGAGCCUUGAUACUGGGAUUGCCACCCUUCUUGGCGCUGCCGUCGCCGUCUCACGUCCUCAACGAGGCCAACGGCAGCAACGGCCCAACGACGACGGGCGCAAUUAGCCGGUUAUCUGACGGACCGCAUUUGCAGUUUACCCAGGGAACCACUGGCGGCAGCGGCGGCAGCAGCGGCGGCGGCGGCGGCGGCGGUGGCGGUGGCGGUGGCGGUGGCGGUGGCGGUGGCGGCAGCAGCUCCCAGCCGCUGCAGGUCCCCGUUGUGCCAGCGGCGCGCAGCGCGGGCGGCCACGGCGGUCCCCUACGCCGCAUGAGUCGCAACAGCCGCGGCGGACCGCACCCGAACACAGUCCUCAGCGGGGGAAGCCCCGCCGCCAGCGAUGUGUACUGCUAUGGGCGUAGUACGGCAAAUGAGGACGCGGCGCCGCUUGCAAGCAGCCAGCCCAGCGGCGGCACGCCGCCGCGGCAUGCGUCACAUACGAUGCAGCCGCCGCCGGCUGCAGUGAAUGGCAGCAGGACUGUACUCGGUCCAUUGGCUGGUGUUGCUCCGCGCUUCCUGGGCCCGACAGCUGAGAACAACUGGACGGUGGCGGCGGCGGUGCACGCAGCCUCUGCGAGCAACCCUGAACCAUUCGGCAACGGCGGCGGCGUCAGCGGCCUCCGCACCAGCAGGCGUAGCGGCGGAGCCGUUCUGGUGCCGCCGCCGGUGGCGGCGGCGGGACGCCGCCGCGCCUCCUCCGGCGCCAUCGCCGUAUCUCUCCGCGCCGCAGCGGAGGCCGCCAUCAGCCAAUUCCAAUUUGGUAGCGGCUUCAGCAGCUAUAGCGGCACUCAGCAGGCCGUUGCUGCCGCCGCCAGCUCCCCAUCCCGCCAGCUGCGCAAGAGUACGAGCUCCCGGGGCCGUCGCCACAUCCCUUGCGGCGAGUCACGCACCGCCGCCGCCGCCGCCGCUGGGCCCUUCUUCAUGGGUGCGCUGGGUUCGCCUGGGAACGGCGCCUUGCGGGUUGUGUCACAGCGACCGCCGCGUGCAGCUUCCGACGCACCCGGCUCGCUGUCGUCGUACAGCGUGGAUCAAUGGGCAGCACUGGUGGCGCCGCCAUCCCAUAACGGCUUUGAACUGCUGCGCAAUCCGCCGCCGACGUCUGACCGCGGAGGAGCGGCUGCAGGAGGGACGGUGGCGGCGGCAGCCGGGCCGUCAUCCCGUACGGCGGUAGUUAGCUCGCUGAUGCGCUCCGAAGGCGGCUAUGGCGUGAUUGUCAGCGGCGGCGGCGGCGGAGGCGGCGGCCGCCGCGGCUCCGGGGUGUUGCGGCGAAGCGCGCCUGGACAUCAGCUGCCCUUGUUUAGCGGCAGCGGCGGCGGCGGCGGAGGUGGCGGCAGCGGCGGCGGCGAUGGUGGUGGCAGCGGCAGCGGCGGCGCGCAAUCUUGUGCCUCCAUGAGCACUUCCGUCUCAGGCACGUCAUAUGCUGCGGUUUCGGAGGCCCUCCGUACUCCGGUGCGGUCCACGACCACUGCCGUCACCGCCAACGCGUUGCUGGCGGGGUCGGCGCCCGUUGCGGCGACACAGGGCCCUUGGCAGUACGCCGUCGCCGCUGGGGGCCCCUGCAGCGGCGGCAGGAGCCCUGCAGCGCUGCACAGAGCCUCACCCCAUUACCAGCCCGCCUUCCUUGAUCCUGUCGGCCCAGUGAUGCCGCCCGUGCUCCCGUAUCAUUCCACCGCUGCCGCCGCCGCCACCGCCACCGCCGCUGCCACGACGGAUGUAGCCAGUAGCGGCGGGGGUGGCGCGAGCGGAGGCGGAGGCAGCGGCGGCGCGGGCCUCACUAUUGGCACAUCGCGCCGCUCGUCCACUGGCAGCCAUUUGCAGUACGGCGGCGGCGGCGGCGGUGGCAACAGCAGCCCAAGUCACGUCGGUGUUGUGCAUUCUCUCCCUAACCAGCAGCCAUCUUUUCCUCAGCGCCAACACCGACAUCACCAUCACCAACAAAACCAGCUGUUUCCUCUGUCAUUGCAGCCCUCGCCACCGCCGCCGCUGCCAGUAAUCGCGCCUACUACGAACUCCAUGGUCUACAGCCGGCUUGGUACGGCAGAGUCCCUGGUUACCCCACCCAAUACAAGCUCCUUGCCGCCGUCCGCUGCUUCCGUCCCGGGACUCACGCCCCGAGGCGGCGCAGCACGAUCCAGCUACUCGUCGGCCAUGAGCACCGGUGUCAGCGGCGGCGGCGGUAGCGGAGCCGCCGCUGUCGGCGUCGUACCGCUGCCGGGCACAGCUCCAAGCACGCCGCAUCGGACCCUUGUCGGCGCUACUGCUGCUGCAGCGACUGCCGGCAGUGCCGCGGUUUCCACCUUUCGCGCCGCAAUGCAGCGCUGUAGCACGCCACAGCUGCCGUCGCUACCGUCGUUGGGUGUCUUUGACGGCUCGGCAGAGCCAGUGGAUAAGGAGAACAAGGAGAACCGGCCAGCCGUGAUGGCGGAGUGCUACAAGAUCACUCAGCAGCCGACGGGCGGUGCUGGCGGCGGCGGAAACGAGGUGCCCCAGAGCAUUACCAUGAUCAAGUACACCAAUCUCAAACAGGAGCUGCACCGCGAUGACGCGGAGGAGCCGGACGACCUGAUGGUGCCCACCAACGUGCUGAUGGUGCCCACUGUGGCUGUGGAGGUGGCCGUCUGGAGUCUGGGUGUGUUCAGGCUCAAGGGUGUUUCGGAGCCCAUCAAGAUCGUACAGCUGUUACCCGUGGAGUUGGAGGGCCGUCUAGCGCUGCUCAACAAGGCCGGCCUCCAUAAGGGCAAGGCUCGCUGUAUUGAGCGCAGGAUAUCCUGCCUGGACGUCAUAACGCUGCAGUUACCCGACGUGGCGCAGCUGUCAUGUGUGGCAGUAGCAACGGCCGCGGCGGCGGCGGCUGGUGGCCGUAGCGGCGGCGGCGGCGGCGGUAGCAUUCCCGGCGGCGGGGGCUUCGGUACAGAUGGCGGCGGCGGCAGCGGCGGCGGGGGUGACCUCAGAGUGUGGGAAUCGGAGAUUGACGUCGCUGGAGGUGGCGGCGGCGGCGGUGGCGGCGUGAUGGACAUUGCCGCCGGCGGCAGCGGUGGGGACGUUUCGUUUCAGAUGUCAGGGCUACAGCUUCCGUCGUUUGCGUCGUACACGAGACUGGAACCGCCGCAGCUGCCGCCUAGAUCCCCCGGUGGCGGGGCGGCGGCGGCGGCGGGCCUUGGUGGUCGAGGCAGUGUCGUACUCGGGCAGCCCAUCUCCCCCGUGGCCGCUGGGUCAUUUCGUGGUUCGGGGCUGGAGGUUCAGAUGGCCUCGUUGCGCAGUGGCGACGUGGGCGUUCUAGAACCUUCCGAACCCGGUCUUCCGCCCAUCAUGGAGGGGGCGACCCCCAUCAGCAGCCCCCUGCCCCCGGGCCGGGGGGAGGGGGAAACACGGCCGGAAAGGAGUGGAUGGGCGGUGCCUUACAGCGCCUCCGCCAGCCCCACCCGACUAGAUUUUCUUGCGCAAGGUGAUGGAAGGGGCGGGAAGAGCAAGGACUUCCAGGGUCCAAGGGAAAGAGGGCUCGGCUCGGAUCCGGGUCCGGAUCCGGAUCUACGAAUGACCGCGGCGUUUACUUCCCCCGACCGUGACGGCGGUGAUGGUGGCGGCGGCAGCGAUGGCGAUGACGACGGCCGUAGCGACAACGCCUGGCGGGAAAGGGAGCUGCCGCUGGCGGCAGCGGCGGCACGGGCAACGGCGGUUACGCGCGGCCGUACGGACCGGUCGGGUGUGCGGGGAUUGGGCCCCGGUAGCGUGCUAGGAGGUGGUGUUGUACUGCAGCGGCGGCAUGCUAACCACCCGAGCUACCGCCACACUGUACGGAUUCCGCUGGAGCGUGCUGGCGAGCUGUAUGGGUCCGCAGACGGCGCUCGAGCCGGUGGCGGAGGCGGAGAUGGCGCCGGCGGGCCGGAGUCCCUGACGUCGGCAAGCUCCGCCGCCGCCGACGGUCGACCCAGUAACGUGAGCCAGGGUAGUGAGCGGCAGUCGCCGGCGGCGCAGCGGGGCGGCGGUGUCGCUGGGGAGGGCAACGCCUCCACCGCGCCGUUAUCGACGGGGCUGCUGCCGUCAUCUUUGUCGUACAUGGCGCAUUGGAACACGCGGGAUCCAAUGAACACGUUUGCGGCCAUGGUCUCAGCCGGGAUCGUGGAUGUACGGAGCCCCAGCGGCAGCCCCGUCAACACGCUGCUGCUACCUAGUAACGGCUUGCUACUGCCGCACCCGGGUGCCGCUGCCGUCGCCGCUGGGCAAGAUGGGAAUUCAGAGUGCGCGGCGAUUGCAACGGCCGCGGGUGCGCAGUCGCCGCGGCCGGCGCAGACGGUCGCCGCCGCCGCCGCGGCUGCUGCUGCCGCCUACCGCUACGGUUGCUCAGGCAGCGGCGGCGGCGGCGGCGGCGGCUUGCUGGCGGCAGCUUUCUACCCUUCGCCUCUGCACUCUCAAGAUCGAGGUUCCACGGGCACCCACACCACUACAAAUACACACACAAGGUCUCCCCUUGUGAUUGACCGGAGCUCCUCAGGCUUCAACCACGCCUUCUCCGGGAGCCAGACGCCGGCGGCGGCGCUGACGGAACGCUCGUCCAGCGGGCGGUACGGCAGCUCCCAACUGCCGCAGGGCCUACUGGCCACGGACCGCUCGUCACUCGGCUGUGUCGGCGGCCUGGCGGGGUGCCCUCCCGCGCUUCUCAGUCCCGCGGGGGCGCCGUCGGGAGACCGCCCGUCGCCGCAGUUCCGGUCCGUCAGUACGGCGGCGGAGGGGCGAGACAGCGGCGGCGGCGGCGGCGGACAGCAGCCGCCGCUCAUUGUGUCGGCGGAGUGGCCAUCGCCGUCGGGUCACCUGCCGUACGGAUCUAGCCGCUUUACCCGUAGCUUUCAGCAGCAGCAGCAACAACAACAACAGAGAUCGUGGCCGUUGUUGGAGGACGCGGAGCAGGAGGAGGAGGAGGAGCAGCCGCCGCCGCCCUGGGCGCGAGGCAGGGCAACGCGACCGGUCAGCGUUGAGGAAACUGCUGCUGGCGUUGAGGCGUCAACCCCCGCGCUACCGCCGCCGCCGCCACAGUCGUACGCGGACCGCCUCGAGGAGGAGCGUCAUCGUGCUGUCAUGUACGAAACUGGUCAGGCCGUACUAGAUCUACGGAACUCGUCACGCGUCAGCGUCAGCGUCAGCGUCAGCUCGAAGGCUGCGCAAUGCCUUGGCGGCGAUGCCAUUUCCGCCACCGCUGGCGAUCCUGCCUCUUACACUGCUACUGCUGUUGUUGCUGCUGCCGUACUUUCCACUGCAGCCGCUGUUCCACAGACGGCGGCUCGCCUGCCGGGCUCCUCCGGGGGCCCACAUUUGGAAUGGGGGGAGGUGGCGGCGGCGGCGGGGAUGGUGGGGCUGCAUGGCUUCGUCGGUACCGGCGGCGAUGGCACAGAUGGCACAGUCGCGAGGCAGGAAAGCGCCGCUGAUCCGGCCGCCGCCGCUGCCGGUGCUGCCGCCACGGCAGCCGCAGCGGCCGGUAGCGCUUUGGACUCGGCAAACACCGGUCAACUGUACGAAAUCACGGUGUCUAUGAGGUCGAGCUUGGGAGGAUCCGCUGCUGGCGGCGGCGGCGGCGGCUCGCGGCUGAGCCACGCUGGUCUGACCGGUGAAGAAAGCAGCUUCCGCACAUUUGGACUGAGCCAUCCCCUGGUGCCCUCUCCCAUCGGCUUUCCGGAAUCGGGAAGUGCAUCCGAUCUGUUGCAGCCCGGAUUCACUGAAGGCGGUGUCCGCGGCGGCGGCGGCAGCGGCGCCGGUGCCGACGGAACAUGUAAAUUGUUGCGGCCGUGA